UUGCUCCUUGUGGACCAUAUUGGCGUGAUGUGCGGAAGCUAGCCAUGGCUGAGCUGCUGUCAAACCGCCAGCUUGAGAUGCACAAGCAUGUCCAGGACUCAGAAGUCAAGAUCUUAAUAAAAGAGCUUUAUGGGCAAUGGGCAAUGGGCAAGCAACAAGGACGCCCCGCUUUGGUGGAGAUGAAGGAAAAUUUUGGGAACUUGGCACUGAACGUAGUGGUGAGAGCAAUUGCGGGGAAACGGUAUUUUGGGACCCAUGCCUGUGGUGAUGAGCCAAAACGGGGCAAAAAGGCCUUUGAGGAUUUCAUUAUUCUAGUGGGGCUGUUCAUGGUCUCGGAUGCCAUCCCUUUUCUCGGCUGGUUGGACACGGUGAGAGGGUUUACCCCUGAAAUGAAGAGAGUAGCUAAGGAGGUGGAUUAUGUGCUUGGAAGCUGGGUGGAGGAGCAUCGCCAGAAUAGGCUUUCUGCGAACGACAAUAGGGCUGAGCAAGACUUCAUACAUGCCAUGCUUUCUGUCAUAGAUGAUGGCCAAUUCUCUGGUCGUGAUCCUGACACCAUCAUUAAGGGCACUUGCUCGAACCUCAUAUUAGCUGGCUAUGAAUCAACAUUUAUCACUCUUACAUGGGCCCUCUCUCUUCUACUGAACAACCGCCAUGCGCUAAAAAAUGCACAAGAAGAGCCGGAAAUCCAUGUGGGAAAGCAUCGCCAAGUGGAUGGAUCAGAUAUAAAGAACCUAGUCUACUUGCAAGCCAUCGUCAAGGAAACAUUACGACUGUACCCUCCUGGGCCACUUUCCCUGCCACAUGAGGCCAUUGAAGAUUGCACUGUGGCUGGCUUUCACAUCCAAGCUGGGACGCGCCUUUUGGUUAAUCUCUGGAAGUUGCAUCGUGACCCCAGAGUCUGGUUGGACCCUUUGGAGUUCCAACCAGAGAGGUUCCUGACAAAGCAUGCAGGUUUGGAUGUUAGGGGUAAAAAAUAUGAACUUCUACCCUUUGGUUCAGGUAGAAAGGUAUUCCCAGGAAUCUCAUUUGCACUGGAGUUGACGCAUCUGACGCUAGCAAGACUGCUUCAUGGUUUUGAAUUGGGAGCGGUUGCAGAUUCACGGGUGGAUAUGACUGAAAGUCCUGGGUUGACUGCCCUCAAAGCAACUCCACUGGAGGUCACAAUUGUUCCAAGGCUACCUUUCGAGCUCUAUAGUUAUGAAGCAGCAUAG